AUGGCUAAGGAAACUCCAUCAAAGGCUGCUGCUGAAGCUCUAUCUGACUUGGAAAUCAAGGAUUCCCAAGCAAACUUAACUUCUAAAUUACAAACUGUCCCAGAAGAUUUGGAAGCUCAAAAAUUAGCCGUCGAUGAAAGAUUAAGUGCCGCUGCUGCAUCUCACAAGCAAUUCUUAUAUUCUCAUAGAAUUCAACGUCAUAAAUUGAAGGAAACCGAACAACAAGAACCUUUGUUGAACGCAGAUGAAGACAGACACACUCUAUUCCCAAUCAAGUACCAUGAAAUCUGGCAAGCUUACAAGAGAGCUGAAGCUUCUUUCUGGACCGCUGAAGAAAUCGAUUUGUCCAAGGAUUUGCAUGACUGGAACAACAGAAUGAAUCCAAAUGAAAGAUUCUUUAUUUCAAGAGUCUUGGCCUUCUUCGCCGCUUCUGAUGGUAUCGUUAACGAAAACUUGGUCGAAAACUUCUCCGCUGAAGUGCAAGUCCCAGAAGCUAGAGCUUUCUACGGGUUCCAAAUCAUGAUUGAAAACAUUCAUUCUGAAACUUACUCUCUAUUGAUUGAUACUUAUAUUAAGGAUCCAAAGGAAAGUGAAUUCCUUUUCAACGCCAUUGAAACCAUUCCACAAAUUAAGGAAAAGGCUGAAUGGGCUUUAAGAUGGAUCAAUGAUGCUGAAGCUUUAUUCGCUGAAAGAUUAGUCGCAUUUGCUGCCAUUGAAGGUAUUUUCUUCUCUGGUUCCUUCGCUUCCAUUUUCUGGUUGAAGAAGAGAGGUUUAAUGCCAGGUUUGACUUUCUCCAAUGAAUUGAUUUGUAGAGAUGAAGGUUUACAUACUGAUUUCGCUUGUUUGUUAUUCGCUCACUUGAAACAUAAGGUUGAUCCAUCCACCGUGGAAAGAAUCAUUGUUGAAGCCGUGGAAAUUGAAAAGAGAUAUUUCUUGGAUGCCUUACCAGUUGCUCUAUUGGGUAUGAAUGCUGAUUUGAUGAAUCAAUACGUUGAAUUCGUCGCUGAUAGAUUAUUAGUCGCCUUUGGUAACGAAAAAUACUACAAGGUGGAAAAUCCAUUCGAUUUCAUGGAAAAUAUUUCAUUGGCUGGUAAGACCAAUUUCUUUGAAAAGAGAGUCUCUGAUUACCAAAAGGCUGGUGUUAUGGCUAAGGCUCAAGAUAAUGAAGCUGGUGCCUUUGCCUUCAAUGAAGAUUUCUAA